AUGAGCGACAUCCCCGUGCAGCUAGGCCACUACCGCCUGGGCAAGACGCUCGGCAUCGGCUCCUUCGGCAAGGUCAAGCUGGCCGAGCACGACAUCACGGGCCACAAGGUGGCCAUCAAGAUCCUCAACCGCAACAAGAUCCGCAGCCUCGACAUGAGCGAGAAGGUGCGGCGCGAGAUCACGCUGCUGCGCAAGAUGCGCCACCCUCACAUCAUCCGACUGUACGAGGUGAUUGACACGCCCACGGACAUCUUUAUGGUGCUCGAGUACAUUGCCGGCGGAGAACUUUUCGACUACAUUGUGUCGAAAGGACGGUUGGCGCCGGAGGAGGCAAGACACUUUUUCCACCAGAUUAUCUCGGGCGUGGAGUACUGCCAUUUCCACCGCAUCGUGCAUCGAGACCUCAAGCCGGAGAACUUGCUGCUGGACGCGGACAAUAACAUCAAGAUCGCAGACUUCGGGCUGUCCAACAGCAUGGAGGACGGAGACUUUUUGCGCACGUCGUGCGGCUCCCCGAACUACGCAGCUCCUGAGGUGAUCUCCGGCAGUUUAUAUGCUGGUCCUGAAGUGGACGUGUGGUCCUGUGGCGUCAUUUUGUACGCGCUGCUGUGCGGCAGCCUGCCGUUUGACGACGAGAGCAUCCCCAACCUGUUCAAGAAGAUCCGCGGCGGUAUGUACUCGCUGCCCAGCCACCUUUCCGAGAUGGCGCGCGACCUCAUCCCGCGCAUGCUCGUGGUGGACCCCAUGAAGCGCAUCACGAUCCCGGAGAUCAGGCAACACCCAUGGUUCCAGAUUGAUUUGCCCCCGUACCUGCAGCACCCGCCGGAGAUCGUGGAACACAAAACCUUCAAGAUUGACGAGGAGUGCCUGUCCCAGUGUUUGGCUCUGAAUUACGCCGCAAAUAUCGGCCACGACCAGCUAGUAGCAUUGCUCAAGAGGCGAGAAAACCACCCGCUCCGCGUGGCGUACGAACUUAUUCUUGAUCACAAGAACGCCAAGAUCCGUAUUGAUGAACUGCGUGAUGUGCGAACGGUGAAUAACAAACCCAAGACGUUCUCGACUCCCGAACCUAGCACUUUGCUGCUCCCUGGACGAGGACCCCUUCCUAUGGCGGCAUCUCCCUUGGUCACGCCCUCGUCAGCGCUGCCUGACCCUCGGAAUUUUGGUGGACGAGGAAUUAAUAUCCCAGGUCAAGCACCACGGAUGUCCGCGGCCGGAGGAAAUGGCAUGCCUGGAUUUGAUGACGGGCACGGCGCAGCCCCCACUCCCAAGCGGCGACGAUGGUACCUGGGCAUUCAGUCGAAGAAGGAGCCGGCUCACGUGAUGUCGGAAGUAUACAAGGCGCUGUUCGUGCUCCACUUUGAAUGGAAGGUCGUGGCGCCGUACCGCGUAAAGUGCCGGUGGCAGUCGCCUGUAGGAGACCCCAACAACCAGAACGGGGGCGCCGUGCUGAGCCCGGACGAGCUCAAGUUGCAGCAGCAGAUGCAGCGCAUCAAGAUCGGCCUCCAGCUGUACAAGGUGCAGCAGCACAUUUACUUGCUGGACUUCCAGCGUCUGGACGGCAACGCCUUCACGUACAUGAACCUCUGCGCUCGCAUCAUCACAGAGCUCAAGACCCUCUCCGGCAUCCGACCGCUGGCCAGUGGCCACGACCCGCGCUUCGGAGGCGACGGCGGAGGCAAUAUGAACUCGGUGCACCUGCACCAACACAACCCCAUGGGUGCCCAGGGAGCUCAGUAA